AUGCUCUUUCUUGCUCGAAGAGCCGCUGCCAGCGGGGCUGCUGCGGCGUCAAGUGGGCUUUUGGGGUUCCGAUCUAGGUCGGCAAGACAUCUGCUUUCCACCCUCGCGAUUCUGGAGCAGAGGGAGGGAAAGUUGAAUCAUGGAUCUUUGAGCGCCAUCACUGCUGCGAAGAAAUUGGGUGGCCCCAUCCAUGGCUUCGUGGCGGGAAGCAAUAUCAAGGGUGUUGCCAAUGAGGCGGCCAAGGUUGAGGGUGUUGAGAAGAUCAUUGCGGUUGAAAACGCCGCUUAUGACAAGGGCCUGCCCGAGAACUAUGCGCCGCUCUUGGUUGAGAACAUCAAGAAGGGCGGAUACACUCACAUAAUCGCCGGACACACUGCCUUUGGCAAGAACCUGAUGCCUCGCGUUGCCGCCCUCCUGGAUUCGCAGCAAAUCUCCGACAUCACCUCCAUUGAGAACGAGAACACAUUCGUCCGUCCCAUCUAUGCUGGCAACGCCAUCGCAACCGUUGAAUCCUCCGAUGCUAUCAAGAUUGUCACGAUUCGCGGCACGGCCUUCUCCGCCGCAGAAGUCGCCAGCGGCUCGGCUGCGGUCGAGGAUGGCGUUGACCCUAAGUCUCAGUCCACUACCGAGUGGGUGUCGGAGGACCUUGCCAAGUCUGACAGGCCGGACCUCUCAACUGCUAGCAAGGUUGUGUCUGGCGGCAGAGGUCUCAAGUCCAAGGAGGAGUUUGACAAGGUCAUGCUUCCCCUGGCCGACUCUCUGGGUGCUGCUGUCGGUGCUUCAAGAGCUGCUGUCGAUAGUGGCUACGCCGACAACAGCCUUCAGGUUGGCCAGACUGGCAAGGUUGUUGCGCCUCAGCUGUACUUGGCCGUCGGCAUCUCCGGUGCUAUUCAACACUUGGCGGGUAUGAAGGACAGCAAAGUUAUUGCAGCUAUCAACAAAGAUGCGGACGCUCCAAUUUUUCAAGUGGCGGAUGUGGGACUGGUUGGCGAUCUGUUUGACAAGGUACCCGAGUUGACUGAGAAGAUUAAGCAGCAAUGA